AUGGCGAUGGCCGCCGCUUCAGUCGACGCCGUUCGCUUCGCGGCCGGUUGUCCGUUUAUUGCGCGCCGAUCAGACGUGUCUGCUAAGCGGAGCCUGAGUCUUCUAGCGCCGUUGCCUCGCCUCUCGCAAGCUUCGUCAACGCGCAUUACACGCUCCUAUCGCCGUGAUCCGCGGAUCGCGGUGCGAGCCACUGGCGAAUCGCCUCCGCCUGCUCCCAGCGACAGGGAGUCAGGACCAAGCGACGAUGACGUCAGCAUUCGCUCGUCUCCAUCUUUGUCCACGUCAGCGCCAAGCAGCAGCAGCAGCAGUGUGCCUUAUGUGCCGCUACUUGGUCUGUCUUUAGUGGGAGCAGCAGAAACACUGUACCUCUCUUUUGAGAAGCUGGCGGGGGGGCAGGUGGCUUGUCCCAUUAACGAGUCAUGCACUGACGUGCUCAACAGCCCAUACGCCUCCCUCUUCGGCAUCCCCCUCCCAGUCUUCGGCUUUGCUGCCUACUCCACUGUCGCCCUCCUCACCCACCUCUCCCGGCCCUCCUCUCCUCAAACCCCUCUCGAGGCCUCCACUCUCUCCUCCACUGCACGCUGGCUGCUGCUCUCUCUCACGGCUGCCAUGACCACCACCAGCGGCUAUCUCAUGUUCAUCCUCGCUACUGAGCUGGACGGCGCGUUUUGUCUCUAUUGCGUCACCUCAGCUACUCUGUCCACGUUGCUGUUUGCCCUCACAGUGAAGUCAUUCUCAUGGCGUGAGUUGCAGCAGGCGCUGCUGCCCCAGCUAGCCCUGGUGACGGCAACUGCCGUGGCUCUCUCCCUCUCCUUUGCUGAUGUCAGGGACACCGAGAUUGACCUUGCUGCUAUUGAACCAGAGGUCACCACUGUUUCGACACCUGUGCGCGUGCAAUUGGCCAAGCAUCUGUCGAAUGUUGGGGCGAAGCUGUAUGGUGCCUUUUGGUGCUCGCACUGCUACGAGCAGAAGCAGGCGUUUGGAGCAGAAGCUUCCAAGUACCUUCCGUACGUGGAGUGCUAUCCAGAGGGCUUCAGGGCAGGAGUGAAGCUUGCUAAAACUUGCCAGGAUGCCAAUAUUGAAGGCUUCCCAACAUGGAUCAUUGAUGGCCAGGUUUUGCCAGGAGAACAAGACCUUGAUGAACUUGCUCGCCUUACAGGUUUUGAGGGGAAGUGA